CCGAAGUUUUAUUCCUACGCCGCCUUCCUCAGUUCGCACGCGCGCCGUCUCUUCCGUCGCCACCAAACCACUUCCUCCGCCGCUGCUUUUCACCUCUCCCGCACGCGCCGCCGUCUCCACCGCCGCAGCCGUGAGCUGUCACCGGAGAAGGCGACGCCGCCGCCGUGAUCUGUCGCCGGAGAAGACGCCGCCGCUUCAAGACGCUGCCAAAGUCUGCAACGUUAUCUACCGGAAAUUUGCGAUGGCUACGCCUUUCACAAGACGUUUGGACGCAGUUGCCCGUGAAUUGGCUUCUAAGAAAGGUUCUGGCAGAUGGUGUGCUUCUCGCAUUGCUGCUGCCGAGCGGGCCAUCCUCGAUCGUAUCCCACUCGUUGACCUUGUUCUCGAAGUCCGCGAUGCUCGGAUCCCAACUACAUCUGCUUUUGAGUCCUUAAGAAAAGCGUGUUGCUCCCAUAAGCAAGUGAUUGUGCUGAACAAGGUUGACUUGGCUAAUGAUUCCCUAACCAAGAAAUGGAUUGAGAACUUCAAAAACCAGAACUAUCCAACGUGUGGACUCAAUGCUCACAAUAAGGAUAGUAUCAAAGAGGGAUGCCUUUAUGGGCAUUACCAAACACUUAUCCAUUAUGGUUUUUGAGGGCGUUGAUCAAAAUUAUCUUCUUGGUCAGCUACUGAGAAUUGUACGAGCUAAACUGAAAGAACUAAAGUUUGGUCAGAGUAAGUAUACUGCAACUAUACUCCUUGCUGGAAUCCCGAAUGUUGGAAAAUCAUCCAUAGCCAAUAAUAUGCAUCAAAUAGGAAGGAUUGGAGCAGCAGAGAAAGGAAAACUAAAGCAUGCAGUAGUUAGCCCAUAUCCUGGGGAAACAGAAGAUAUCAGCAGUUAUAAGUUUGGAAGUCAUCCCAACCUCUACGUAUUGGAUACACCUGGUAUUCUUCGACCUGAAAUUGCUCACUAUCAUUCAGGGGCUAAACUAGCCUUGACAGGUCUGAAGCUGCCUGAACUUCUAUCUCGUUUUCUGUUUCUUGCUGGAUCAGUACAUUUCUUAGCUCUCUCCGCAACAGGAGCUAUCAAGGAUAAUCUAUUGGAUGAGCAUGAACUUGCUCGGUAUUUUCUGGCUAUUCUAAACUUGUCUGAAGAAUACAAACGAUGGGUAACACCGAAGGAUACUACAUAUAGCAUGCCUGGUAGCUUAGAGAAACAUAGAAGAAAGGGACAAUAUGCUUCAGAUUUUACACAGGAUUUCAUUGUCAAAGAUGUUCGUCAAACCCUUUUCGAUUGCAUAUCAUCGUUUGAGGGAGAUUUGGAAAAUGAAUGUGACAUGGAGAGAUUGAUCGAAUCUCAGAUUAAAGCAUUGCAAGUGCCUCUUAAAGCUUCUCUAGAGUCAAGUGCGCACAGACAUAGCACAGUUGCUACAAAAUUACUAAAGCUUUAUAGAACUGGAAGACUUGGCCACUACACCUUAGAUCUUGUAGAUAGUUAAGUUCAGUAGGAUCAUACUUCUCUUCACACGAUGCCUAAUGACUUAGUAGUCUUGUUCCAAAGAUGCCUAAAUGACGUCCCAAAAUUUACUCCCCAUAGUGCAGCACAAGCAAGCAAAUGGCAGGAAACACGAUGAGCUCCAAUAUGAGUGGAAUCAAGGCAUCAUACUCUAAUUCUCUCUCUGGCCACAGUUAACCGUGCACGAAGAUGUUGCAGGUGAAGGAUGAGCAGUGCCACCAGUGCCAUGUACAUUGGGUUCUCCAUUUUCUCGUCCUACUCGCCUGGGAGAUGGAGAAGCUAGAUGCCAAUGCAACUGUCGCCACCAGCUAGAUGCAAAGAAGUAAGCUUUGAUCUUAAUGUCGCCUCUUCUCCUAUGCAAAUCUAUUUUUCCAUGGCAUGCAUUGUCCAUAUCACAGAGGUGAAGGAAAUUUUUAUUUUACUAUCAAAAUGCUUACUCUACAAGUGAUAUAGUGGUCAUUUAGAAGGGUUAAAUAUAGAGAUAAGACAUUUUGAUACUCAAGUGAAACAUUUUGGCUUUAAUGGAAAAAGUUGCUGAACUAUUGAAAUAUAUUGAUAACUUUUCUUAUUUCAAA